AUGUCUUCGCCACAGAAAAUCACAAGUUUCUUCAAGCGUCCGAAGUUUGCCCAGACCGAUCAAGACACUCGACUCGAAUCUCCGGGAGAAGACCCCGCGCCGCAGUCCUCACCUCUCACGGAACUCUCAUCACAACUAUUGCCGUCAGAUGUCACAAUCCCGGACACACCGGGCGGCCCGUCGGCGCAAUUGAAACGAUCAUUGUUACUGUCCGCAGGAACUCAAAACGGGAAUGAUGAAGCGCCGCGGUCGAGCUUCCAAACACCCCCGACAGGUGCAGCAGACCAUGACCCAGCGCCGCAAUCGAGUUUCCAGAGUUCGCGGACAGGGACCCCGUUCAGCUCAUCGCAGCGUAUUACAAAAAAUGGAAAGCAGUUUGUGACCAAUUCCGAUAGCGAAUCCGACUCAAUAGGAUCGAUUGAUUCUCACCAAGACAUUCUGUCCAUGUUCCUGCCCAAGGCUACUCCGAACCCCCAAACUGGCAAGGAUGAGGCGAAGACGAUGCGGGAUCGACCGGCACCGAACGUUAAGAGUGUUCCUUUAUGGAAAAUGGCACCGCCAAAGUACAAGAAUACGCUGGAUAAUCUUGUUAUACAAACGGUCGAUGACAACGAGAUCGAGGCUAGGAUUACGAAGAUAAAGGCCUCAAUCGAAGCUGAAGCCGCGCGCAAUGAUCAUAAAAAAGGCGGGGGAGGCCUGAAUGAAGAAGUCCUUGCGUCUGCACUAGAUAACGGUAACGAUGAUAGUAUAGGGCUUCAGCGUAUCAUUAAUGCUGUACGACGAACGGAAGCUUUGGAAUUGAAGAAAACUUGGUCCUUCUUCGACCUUGAAACGGAGCUACCUCCCACCCAGGAAUUCCCUCGCGAGUGUGUUUGCCCGGGUACUUACUUGGCUGUACUACGAGAUCCUGAAUCACGAGAGCGACCUUUUUAUUCUGGCAUUAUUGAUUAUGCUAUUUCGAAAGACCUCAUAGCCGACGAGCUUGUUAGGUGGAUAUUUUUUGCCAUACCUUCUGAAAACCGGGAUAAUCUAAGACAUGCUUACUGUAGGGCAUUAAAGCGUUUGUCGCCCGGACGGAUGAAGUCCCUCAUACAGCCAGAAGACAUAGAUACCCUGUUCUGGCAUAUGAGUGCGAGGCCUGAGGCUUUGACUUUGACAGACCUGAUUGUGCCAGACACACAUCUUCGAGACAACGCUCCCGAGUCACAGCCUCCGCAUUACACAGCUCUAUUAUCAGUCCUUGACUUCUUUCGUGAAGCCGCAGCCCGUUUCGCAGAUGAUACCCGAAACCGCAUUCUGCAUUAUCUCCUCCGUCUUCCACUCGACACUUCCUUGACUCAGGACUUCACGCUCUGCUCAGCCAUAGAACAGACCAUAACUGCCGUGCUUGAUGAAACCCCUGCUGAGUUCGCUGAUGAACUUGCAACUAAUAUCUGCUACAUCGCCCAUUCCACCCUGCAAGACGCAGAACUGCAAAGUCGACUCUUGGACCACAUUGCACCAGCAAAUGACUGGAUCGCAACAUUAAGACGGCGUCUGGCGUAUAUUUUCUUAACAAAGGAUUUCUCAGUCAGCCCUGGGUCCCAGCACAGAAAGGCAGAAGUCAACAGAAUCAACAAUAUCCUCAAGCAUCCACGGUUCAACGUGAAGCGCUGGAAGAAAAAGGGUGCACCCCAGUACGAUUACGCCGAACUCAUAUCUAUCACCACCUUUCUUGAGAUAAUCAUAGACUCCGGAUGGUCCGAGACCCAGUUCCCCGACAGGAGAGCGGAAGACGAGUACAAUAAAGAGGUCGACGUGCUCGCUGAUCGAAUCAAGAAGAUAUUCUCCGCGAUUGAAGACUCGGGUGCGUCUCAUCUCAUGCGGACUUUAGCAAAGGGGGCUCUGGAAUCCCUUCACUAUCGCGUCCUCUAUUCCGUGAGAACGAAACCGCGCGAAAAGAAUUCCUUGUUUGGCAAGUACGAUCCAGAGGAAGACAACCAGACUACUAUCAAUUUUCCYCCAGCAGAGAAGAAGGAGAAGAAGGUUACUAUUCUCAGCAAUAAACCAGAGACCUGA